AUGAGGAGGCAGCGGCAGGAGAAGAGCCAAAGCUACAGGAAUCUUCCGUACUUUCAGCACUUGGGAUCUGAUGAAGUAUUCGAGGCUCUUGAUCGAGUGCGUCAAGCGAAUCUUCUCCAGAUGCAACUGAAGAUGCAGAAGGACAAUGUGUGGGGAGAAGAAAAGAAAAAGAAAACGAAAGAAAGAGUUUGUUUGUCUAAAUGGUCUAAAGAAGGAAAGACGAGAACACAGAAAGAAAGAACAACAUAA